AUGAUGUACCGCAACCUAGGGCAGAGCUCGGCAAGAAAAGUGUUGGCGUCACCAUUUAACUUUGGCAUCCCAAAUGUCCCAACAGUAGAAGAUAUUCUAUAUGGUCCUGUACCUUUCGACAAUCGAAUCGUUGGGGGCCAGAAUGCCACUAUAGAAAACCACCCCUAUCAGGUGUCAUUUGUUGUGAAUAACUCCUACUUUUGUGGAGGUUUCAUUGUGAGUGAGAAUUACAUCUUGACUGCCGCCCAUUGUGCUCAAAACGUAGACCCAUCAACAGUGGUCCUCAGAGCUGGGAGUACGUGGAGAAGAAACGGCACAAUAAUACCUAUUGCUGAAGUAAUUGCUCAUCCAGAGUAUGACAAUCCAGCUUUCGACAAGGAUGUAGCGGUGAUGAAGACAGCAGAACCAAUCACCUUUACUGACACCAUACAACCGAUAGCACUGCCCAAGAAGGAAGAGUAUUUGAAAGAAAAUUCUGUUAUUAUGGUCAGCGGAUGGGGCAAAACUAACCAAGGAAGCAAUACUAUACCGGAGAACCUGAUGGACGUGGAGAUCCCUGUGGUUCCUUACUGGCAAUGCUUGGCGGUCUACUUCACGGUGCUUACAAGAAACAUGUGGUGUGGAGGCAACUUCGUGUUGGGUGGCAAGGGAACCUGCCAGGGUGACUCCGGUGGUACAGCUGUCCAGAAUGGCAAGGCAGUGGGCAUCGUCUCUUUUGGCCGAGGUUGUGGCCAGCAGUUCUCGCCAAGCGUCUUCGCAGACACUGCCGCGCCCACUAUAAGGGAUUUUAUCACCAAACAUACGGGUUUGUGAGCAACGAAAUUAAAAAUGACAAUGC